AUGGAUAGUUCUAAAUAUGACGGAUAUGCAGAUUUAGAAUGGGCCAUCGGAAUAAAUCGCUUUACCUUGCAAAUGAUCGGUCUGUGGCCUGACGGGAAAUUAAGCAGUCAACAGAAAUUUUGGGCGAACGUACGGGCUUUCAUUAUUUUCACUAUGUUGGUCACCGUGUUUGUCAUACCCUCGUUAUUUUCGCUGAUAAGAAUCUGGAAUGACAUGGAAGCAUUAAUAGACAACCUACAAAUUAUGUUACCUGUGAUUGCGGUUAUCAUAAAAAUCAUCAUUAUGUGGCUUCGAAAAGAAGACCUCAUAUCGGUCGUGAGCAUGAUCGUGGCAGAUUGGACCAAAGUGAAGACGAAGGAGGAACGCGAUACCAUGAUAAAGCAGGCGAGGAUCGCGCGAUGGUUCGGCGUGUUCGGAUGCUUCCUGAUGGUAGAAGCGAUAAUCAUCACUGUCGUCCUGCCGUGUUUCGGCUACUCCAUGAGAUACCUGACGAACAUCACGGAUCCGGGGAAGCCGUUACUGCUGCAAACGUAUUACUUUCGCGACAUGACGCAGAGCCCGUACUUCGAAAUCGCCUUCGUCGCGCAGGCUCUGGUCAUCAUAAUGGCUGCGUUCUCCUACACCGGCAUCGACAAUUUUAUGGGUCUGGUGGUUUUUCACAUAUGCGCUCAAAUGGAAAUUCUCAAAGCGCGAUUGCUCAAGCUGAAAGAAUGUCAAGACUUCAAUGUUGGACUGUCGACGAGCGUCCAGAAUCACAUACGUCUUAUCAGAUCAUCGAUGACGGUGGCAAUGUCUCCUUCGCGCGAAUAUGUUGGCUCAUAUCGUGCAAAAUACGAGGUUCUUUGUUGUGAAGGCAUAUAUCAUGCGGUGUAUGACUUCGCUUGGUAUUCGUUGAAACCGUAUGAGGCCAGAAAUCUGAUGCUAAUAAUGAUUCGUGCUAACAAACCUCUUUAUAUCACCGCGGGGAAAAUAUUUCCAAUGACGUUAUCCAUGUUCUGCAGCCAUGGUAAUUAUGUAGACUUAGACUGGGCGAUCGGAAUAAAUCGGAUUUCUCUGAAGAUCAUCGGCCUCUGGCCAAACGAGAAGUACAAUCGUUGGCAAAGACUUGUGUCUAAUCUACGCGCCAUCAUUAUUUUUUUCACCAUGUUUUGCGUAGCGGUAGUACCCGGAAUAAUAGCGUUACUGAGGAUCUGGGGUGACAUGUUGGCGAUGGCAGACAAUAUGCAAAUCGGUCUUCCCUUCUCAGUGAGCGUCAUGAAAUUUAUGAUCAUGUGGUUCCGCAAGAAAGAUCUUGAACCGGUCAUAAAUAUGAUCGCGGAGGAUUGGCUCAGGACGAAAACUGCGCAAGAACGAAAUAUUAUGAUAAAACAGGCGAGAUAUGCCAGAAUAAUGGUCAUAUUCGGAUGUAUCAUGAUGAGCUUCGCGUGCAUCGUUCUCAUCAUUCCUCCUUGCUUCGGAUACACGAUGAGAUAUCUAACAAAUCUGACAGACCCGGGGAGACCGAUGCUGGUGCAAACGUAUUAUUUACGUGACAUAACGGAGACCCCAUACUACGAAAUCUUGAUCGCCGCCCAGGCUACGGCGAUCUUAAUGGCCGCGAUUUCUUACACGGGUCUCGACACCUUUCUGUGCUUGCUUGUAUUCCACAUAUGCGCCCAAUUGGAGAUUCUCAAGAAUCGAAUGCUCAAUUUGGACAGCUUCAAAAACUUCAGCGCCGGAUUGUCCUUCAUUAUCCAGGAUCACCUACGUCUCAUUAGGUCUGUUGAUGUUAUCGACAACACAUUCAAUUUGAUGCUUCUGACACUAUUAGUGUAUUUCGCUAUGUUAUUUUGCCUGCAAGGAUUUCUGAUAGUUGCCAUGAUUGAUGGAAGCAGCGAUGUUUCCUUUAUGCGAGUAUGUUGGCUCGUUUCGAUUCUUAUUAACACAUUCGCUCACAUGUGUCUGUACUGCGUGGUCGGGGAGAUUCUUAUAGCCAGAGCCGAAGGAAUAUUUUAUGCGGCGUAUAACUACUCGUGGUACUUGAGGACGCCGACUGAAGCCAGAAAUUUGAUGCUGCUAAUGAUUCGCGCCGAAAGGCCUCUAUAUAUUACUGCGGGCAGAAUGUUUCCCAUGACAUUGUCCCUAUUUUGCAGUUUAAUAAAGACAUCGGCCGGUUACAUAUCCGUAUUGCUCGCUAAUCGAUAA